AUGGAGGUUUAUUGUGAUCAGGCCUGGACUCUUCUCGCUCGGUUUUCAAACAGUGACACCAAAAACUGGAUGAUUGACUCAGGAUACUGGUGGUACGACAGUACUGAAGCUGCAGGAGAAGCCGCUGAUCCGUCCCACAACGCGGACAUGAUAUCGCCAGCGUUCUGGCUGGUCAGUGGCAGUGAGCUUAAGAUCACGCGCAGUGAUGACUCUGGACACACUCCUUUGUUGCAAACAAUAGGGAACUGUCUGAGCGGGCAGACAUUUCGCUCUAAAAUCACUAGCUAUGGUGACUUCAGAAACGGUUCAGUUUGGUCCGAUAAAAAGUGCCUGGGAAAAUACAAAGUUCAAUAUGGUGGACAGUACCUAACAACUGAGGGCUUCGGACAGGCUUCAUGCAGCGGUGACCUGCGCGCUGCUGAUGAGGUAAGCUUCUGGUGUGGCUGGGACUGGAGCGGUUCUGUGAUCAUGAUUGGAGGAGGCGGGAUAAAUUGUUCAGAAACCGACCACGGAAUUGGAAUAACGGUGGCGAAACCUCCCUCUUUUAAAAUGAUGGAAGAUAACAGAAAGGAAGCUGACUUUGGUAACAAGGGAUGGGGUUUGAAAACUAAACAUUACUCAUUGAAUUUGUGGAUUCAUUGAUUCAUGCAAUGUUGUAUUGAUUUGCUUUGAAGUUUUUCACUUUUAAUUUUGUGAUGUGUGAAAUGCUGUUUAGAGGGUUUUUAUUUAUUUAAU